AUGACUCGGAUGAUCAAUGCAAUACUCAUUGACCAUGAACUUCCAACUAGCCACCCAAAGUUCAAAAGGGAACAGAUUGUUGACGCUGGCGAAGCAUUUGAUGUCUAUUACUGCGAUGUGAUUGAAUGUGUCAGGUCACUGUACAGUGAUCCUGACUUUGCCAGAUAUCUGGUUUUUGUCCCUGAGCGGCAUUAUGCUGAUGAGGAUAAGACAGUUCAGCUCUUUCAUGAUAUGCAUACAGGCAAAUGGUGGUGGGAUACACAGAAAAAACUUGAUCAGCACAGUCUGAGCGGCACCAUCAUUCCCAUCAUUAUCUCGUCUGACAAAACACAAUUAACCUUUGGUCAUAUCCUUCUGGCAUAUUUGUCAUGCACACGACUUGAACAUAUUACCAACAAAGCUUUGCACCGCCAAACUAUGGCAAACUUAUAUCAUGCUUGCUUGCACUGUGUACUCGCUCAACUGAAAUCUGUUGGACUUGAUGGACUUUGUAUGGCUAGCGGGGAUGGCACUCUCUGCCAUUGCCAUCUAUUAUUUGCUAGCUUUGUUGGUGACUACCCAGAGCAGCUCCUUGCUACUGGGAUCAAGUUCGGAGAAUGUCCAAAAUGCGAUGUUGAGGCUGAUGAAACAGGUAGCAACACAGCACCAUUGCAUCUACAGAAAAUGAGCAAGGUGCUUGAUGCCCUCGCUGCUCUUGAUGACGGGAAUCUAUCCUUUGUUCGCGCUUGCUCAGCUGCAGGUAUUAAGCCCAUUGUCCAUCCUUUCUGGGAAGAUCUCCCGUUCACCAAUAUUUUCUGUGUGAUCACACCGGAUGUGUUGCACCACCUAUAUCAAGGCCUCGUAAAGCAUCUCUUAGGAUGGUUGUCUGCUGCUUGUGGACCAGCCGAGAUAGAUGCUCGUUGUCAGUGUCUUCCCCCCAACCACCAUAUCUGUCUGUUUAGGAAGGGCAUCACUGGCUUGUCACAUAUAAGUGGGACCAAACAUGCACAAAUAUGCUGCUUUCUCCUUGGUGUUGUCAUUGGUAUCUGUUUGCCCAAUAAUCUGAAUGGAAGCCGACUUCUACGAGCAGUGUGGGGUCUACUUGAUUUUCUCUAUUUCGCACAAUAUCCAUGUCAUAGCUCAGAGACCUUGCAGCUGCUGGACGACGCACUCAAUCUUUUUCACAACAAUAAGGACAUUUUUAUUGAUCUUGGUAUACAAAACAAUUUCAAUCUACCAAAACUGCAUGCAACUCGCCACUACUCUCUCAUGAUUAUGAUGUUCGAUGAAUUUGUCCAGAUGACACACUGGCUCAAACGAAAGGAGAAGAUUCUCCGCUAUGAGAAGUACAUUAACUGGCAACUUGCUGGUGAUGUCGAGUCCGAGCCUUACCAUUUUGCAAAGGCUGUCAAUAUCGACAAGCUUGUCGAAGACUAUGGCACUACUUAUUUCUGCAAAGCGCUCGCACGCUAUAUCACACAACUCAACCACGCCAAUGCCCAUACUCGAACACUGGAUGUGCUGGCACGUGAUUGGCUCUCAGUAGAUAGUCAUGGUCUUGGUGAUGCAGCAGUCACGUUGGACUCUGUGCAUGCCAGACCACAACGGACCUCUGGUUCUUGUCUGUCUGCUCGUCGUUUGGAUACAGCUCUUGUGUGCCUUGGUCCCAAUACAGAUGUUAGUAUGGGUAUGGAAGGAUUGCAUGUUGGCCAAGUACGAGUCAUUUUUUCAUUACCAUCAAAAUCACUAUCACUCCUCAUUGUGCCAACAGUCCAGGUUCCCAGCCACCUAGCUUAUAUCCAAUGGUUCAUGCCAUUCUGUUCGACUCCUGAUCAAUGCCAUGGACUUUACAAGCUCUCGCGAUCCUUUUGUGGUGGUGAAAAGUUGAUGAUGUGUAGUGUCCAUCUGAUACCAAAUUUUGUGUGCUUUCUAGAUGAUUGUAAUACUUUUUGGUUGAACUCAUAUUUAGAUAGAUACACUUUUUGUAUCUUUAAAUAAUUCUCGAUGAUUGCACUGUAUUUUAUUGUGUCUUAGUAGGUGUACUUCUAAUACUUGUAAUUAGAUAGAAUUAUCUG